AUGGCUUCUGGGAGUGUCACCAGCGACAUCUCACCCUCCUCGACUUCCACAGCAGGAUCAUCCAGGUCUCCUGAAUCUGAAAAGCCAGGUGAGCAAGAGGAGGCAGCCCCUCCCUCAUCCCUGCGAGCCCACUCCCUGGGCCCGAGCCACAGCAGCCUCCCGGUGGGACGCCGCCACCCCCCGGUGCUGCGCAUGGUGCUGGAGGCGCUGCAGGCGGGGGAGCAGCGCCGGGGCACAUCGGUGGCGGCUAUCAAGCUCUACAUCCUGCACAAGUACCCAACAGUGGACGUCCUCCGCUUCAAGUACCUGCUGAAGCAGGCGCUGGCCACUGGCAUGCGCCGUGGCCUCCUCGCCAGGCCCCUCAACUCCAAAGCCAGGGGGGCUACUGGCAGCUUCAAAUUAGUUCCCAAGCACAAGGGGAAAAUCCAGCCCAGGAAGAUGGCUCCCCCGACGGCUCCCAGGAGAGCAGGCGAGGCCAAGGGGAAGGGCCCCAAGAAACCAAGUGAGGCCAAGGAGGACCCUCCCAACGUGGGCAAGGUGAAAAAGGCAGCCAAGAGGCCAGCAAAGGUGCAGAAGGCUCCUCCCAAGCCAGGCGCAGCCACAGAAAAGCCUCGCAAGCAAGGCGGCGCAGCCAAGGACACCAGGGCACAGUCAGGAGAGGCCAGGAAGGUGCCCCCCAAGCCAGACAAGGCCAUGCGGGCACCUUCCAGUACCGGCCGGCUCAGCAGGAAGGCAAAGGCCAAAGGCAGCAGGAGCAGCCAAGGAGAUGCUGAGGCCUACAGGAAAACCAAAGCUGAGAGUAAGAGUUCAAAACCCACGGCCAGCAAGGUCAAGAAUGGUGCUGCUUCCCCGACCAAAAAGAAGGUGGUGGCCAAGGCCAAGGCCCCUAAAGCCCCUAAAGCAAACACCAAGGCUGCUGCUCCUGCUAAGGGCAGUGGGUCCAAGGUGGUACCUGCACACUUGUCCAGGAAGACAGAGGCCCCCAAGGGCCCGAGAAAGGCUGGGCUGCCCAUCAAGGCCUCAUCAUCCAAAGUGUCCAGCCAGAGGGCUGAAGCUUAGGGCCAGAGGCAGGGGCGAAGAGAGACCGAGCCUCUGCCCUAGUUUUUAUUCUUCAACAAACCACUGCUCUAUUUAUUUCAUUGUAAGCUAUUUAUCAAUAAAGAAUUUUGUUUCUUUUUCCUCAC